CUGGGCCUGGAUUAACCAGUAGAGAUUCCUUCUUGUUAUGAGAUUUAGUUAAUUAAAGUGUAAUGGAAAUUGCGAAAGUAGUUAAUGCAGGUCUUAUUACUGAAUUUCUUGAAAGCUGCUGGUGGUGGUGGUGAAAGCAGUUUCAGAUCUUUAAUGGUUGUUGUACAACACUGUGGCAGUGGUGUGGCUAUAGUGCAGCAAAGCUACAGGAAUCCUUAUGCUUUUGCUCCGUGUAUCGCGGUUUGCAGGGAUCCAAGAUGGGGUCGAUGCUAUGAAAGCUAUAGCGAGGAUCAUAAGAUUGUUCAAGCGAUGACUGAUAUCAUUCCCGGUUUACAAGGGGAUCUCCCCGCCAAUUCUCAAAAGGGAAUUCCCUUUGUUGCUGGAAAGUAAGAACCUUUAUGAUAAACGUCUAAAUUUCCCUGUUAGCCGUUU